AUUUGUAUAUAUACUGCGGCUCUGGGCGCUCCGGCUGACACGGACGGCUCCAACUUGGCGAUUUCGGAGCUUUAAAAGUAUACCUAACCAUGCGCAGUGUAAACAUAGUCGGCUAUGCGUUAGUGAAUAUACACGUGCAUUGGCAUGGUGCAUAAACGGAGUUUCGCGAGUGUUGAGUGUUUUGACCGACGACGAUUCGAAAAGCGCGAUUUUUCAUCACUAAUGCCUUUGGUGCUCGGAUAAACUUGCUCGAAUUAACUUAUUGCCGUGAAAUUGACAUGUCACUGUUGAACGCGCAAGAUUUUCUGGGAAAGUUUUGCGCCCGUUAUGUCAUUUCUUUGCCAAAAAUCAAUCUUUCUCGAUCUCAAAAGAUCCUCAUUAUUUGUUUAACAAGUGGUACUUUAUUAUUGGGAAGCUUAGCACAGUUUUUAAAGAGACGCAGAAGACACCCAAUUCCACCUUCUCGAAGACACCUUAGGGACUCAAGGCAAAGAUUAAUUAAUUCAAAAGCAUCUAAUUUCGAUGCAGUUUCUCAAGCAUCAUGGGCAAGAAGAAGCGAAGCCAGUACUCGAGGGAGUCACAUCAGUGAUAGAGCAUCUUUGAUAUCUUCGGUACCAGGAGGCCUUGAUGGAGACACAAAGCUGACGCCCCAACAGUAUGGCGUACUCGGUUUGGAAGCGCUGGAAAGGGCGCUCUAUUGCUGGGAGGACGCGCUCACCGCUUUCAGCUCGGCCCUCAACAGCGAUGCCCUCGCGCUGCCUUCGAAAGCCGACGCGGCUUUCACGCGGGACGUCCAGGAGCUGCUCGAUCUGGGCUAUCAAAUACAGAACAACGCCGAGCUUCUCUUCAUAGAUCAGCACUCCGUGCUCUUCAGGAAUGGAAGCGAGAGCGAGGAGAGCCACAAGCCUUCCACUGUGGGAACUAGAUUAUCAAUGUGCAAAGAUAAACACGAUCCCGCCUCUUCGCCGGAAUCCUACGCGUCUGCAAAGGACGGAGUCGCGGAUCUGCGGGAGUUUGAAGAAUUUUCCGAAUUUUUCCCGCACUUCGAGCAGCAGAAACUCUACCACGAGGCGCUCAAGAUACACGAGGAUAAAGGAAUUCCGUGCAGGAUGAGUAGAAGCGGCUCCGAAAAACGGGUGCAUACGGAGUUGGUCAAGUGCGGCUCGGAUGUGGAGUAUUUAGCCAAAGUGCAUUGUCUGCGACAAGCGUAUACGCGUCUGUUCAGCCUUCCCUCAGCCGCUACAUGGAUCGCUGACGUUGGCAGGCAGCUCAUAAGCGAUUUAAUCAUUUUCGCCGAUAGGGAUCCCAAAGACUAUCUGACGCAUUACGAGCGUAUGCUCGAGUUCCUCAGCGAUGAAGGCAGUUUACCAAUUAUGCAAGAGGAGUUGGGUAUGCGAGGAGUGAGAUGCAUCAAUUUUUACGAUGUUGUUAUUGACUUUGUUUUACUGGAUGCAUUUGAGGAGGUCGAAAAACCACCCUCCUCUAUUAAAGCUAUACUUCAGAAUCGUUGGAUCUCGGCGAGCUUUCGAGAGACGGCUAUUGGCACAGCGGUCUGGUCUGUUUUAAUGGGCAAAAGACAAAUGCUCAAGCAUCCUCGAGGUUUCAUGGCACAUUUUUAUUCCAUUUCGGAACAAGUCACUCCUGUAUUGGUUUGGGGAUUCUUAGGUCCGGAGAGCAGUUUACGAUCAACUUGCUUUUACUUCAGAGAACAAAUAAAUGAAUUUUUAGUCGACAUAUUCAACUUUUUUAAAGUCAGAUAUACCAAUGUAGAUGAUCUUGCCGAGGAUGUACUCAGGGAAAUGAAAAUUCGCGUAGAGAACAUAAAUCAGAGACUUUCUUUGGAGGGUUGUUAAGGGAUUUACAUUUUCAUGUAUAUAUUCAGGAAACUCGCUAUUUAUUAAAACUAUGCAUUUGACAGAUAACUAUCCGAAUAGCUGAGAUGGUUAACAUCGACUAUAAAUUAAAUAUAAAUCGACAAGAAUAUGCUUGUGGGAAGUUCAUAAUAUAACUUCUGCGCUCUGCCAAAAUCCAAAGCUAGUGAAACUUACCAUUUGUCUAAACACGAGUAUUUAUUCAUUAUGCAAAGUUUAUAAUGCUAGAAGAACAAAGAAAGAUUUGAUCUGCACAUUACAAUUAGGCGUAUCUGUUUUUCUUCACUUUUGUACAUUCACUUUAUAUUCUAUUCUUUAUAUAUGUACAGUUGGUUAAUGUAUAUUUAUUAAAUGUCGCUACUUUAAUAAUUCUGAUUGCAUUCUUGAAUAUUCCAUCAUUGAAUUAUGUAUGGUGCUGUGCAUCAAUAAAAUCUACUACAUUCCACAAUAUACGAUGCCAGAACACAA